AUGAUAGAAGCAAUAAACAACGUGUUGUGGGAAGACGUCAACGUGAAAAUGCAACUUGACAAAACUGACGAAUCUGACAAAACCCUAAUUUUUGAAUAUCGUCCUCUUGAGAAAAAUGAAGAUGACGUGAAAGAAUUUUUGAGUGAUUUUAAGAUCAAAAAAAUAACACAAAUAGUAAGGACAGAAGGUGAGUUAAAAGGCGACUAUAUCACUGUAGUAGUCAAAGACUUCAAAACGCUGAACGAAAUGUCAAAGGAUUUGGAUGGGAAAGUGUUUAGAACAACGAAGAUCAAACUUGUGUGUAUCGACGAUUGUGGGACGACACUCAGAAAGUGUUUUAUAUGUGGGAUGUACGGGCACAAAUCACAAGACUGUCUUGAGAAGAAAGGUACUUAUAAACAAGACAAGAAAGUAGAAAAAGAACAAAAAAACACAAGUGAAGACGAUGAAAAAGUUUUAAAAACGUCGCCCUCCAAACAGAAAGAAAUAAAGAAAAGAUCCGAGGAAGAAAAAGAACAUCAAAAGGUCUCUAAACAACAAGUUGAAAAGAAAAAGAAAAAGAAGAAGACGACAAAAGAAGAAGAAAAGGACGACACAAAACACAAUAAAAAGAGUAAACUUGUUCAAGAAAAAAUAGAAGAAGAAAGCGAUGAUGCACCACUUGAAGUUAGUAGUAAAAAAGAUGCUCAGAAAAUGGAAGAAGAAAACUUCUUCGCAAAAUCUAACAAACGAAAAACUAAAUACGAAGAAAGCGACGAAAGUCCACUUGAGAUCUCUUCUAAAAAGAAAAUUGAAAGUGACGAAUCAAGUAGUUCUGAGAUCGAAGUGGUUUCUUUCAAACUAAAAGAUCCCGUCCAUCAUGACACUCCACACAAAGUCGACACAUUAAAACAUGUGAAACAAAAAGUAUCAAAACACACUAAACUCAAUAAAAAAAGCGAUUUAAAAGAUGAAGAAAGCGAUGAUGCACCACUUGAAAUUAGUAGUAAAAAAGAUACACAGAAAAUGGAAGAAGAAAACCCCUUCGCAAAAUCUAACAAACGAAAAACUAAAUUUGAAGAAAGCGACGAACUUUCAGAAGACGAAGAAGACCAAAAACCCAUUCAAAAAGAAAAAGAAAUGAAAAAGGAGAAACCAAUUGCAAUGAAAAAAGAAAAAGGAAGUGCUCAGGCUGCUUCAUCCAAAAGUGAAAGCAAAACAAAAAAAAUAACAAAACCACUUAAAGAAACGGAAAAACACAAUCAAAAAAAACUAAAUUCACAAGAAGUGCACGAACGUCCAAAGAAGACGACAAAACCUCAAAAAAUGGAAGAGGAAACACCACCACCAAAAUUCACACAAGAAAAGAAGAAAGACGAAAAAAAUCAAAAGGAAAUUCAAGUCGAUAAAACUCAGGAAAAAACAGGUUUAAAGCAACACAAAAAAGACGAAAAAAAUCCAUCACAUCAAUUCCAAAAGAAAAAAGAGAAAAUUGAGAAGACGAAAGAAAGUGAUUCAGAGAGCGAUUCUGAAAGUGAUGACAUUGCGUUCGAAGUCCCAUCAAAACAACCAAAACACACAGAAAAGUCGAACAGUGGUAUUGUUAAACCAACAAUCGAAAUUAUCGACGUGAAGAAACCAAUAGAACAGAACAAGACUUCUGUCACAUCGAAGCCUCAAACGGAUUCUAUUUCGGCUUCAGUUCAUAAAAAGGUUGUGAGUGGUGGCAACGACUUUCAACGACCCACCAAAAACACAAAUAAGAGUAGUCGUGUGUCUUUGAAGGAACAGAAGACUUCGAACACAAAGUCUUCACAAAAGACUGAAAAAGUUUUAGAAAAAGUUUCAGAAAAAAAAAAUGAAAAAGUCUUUGAAAAAAGUGAUGAGAAAAGUUUUGAGAAAAGUUAUGAAGAGCGACUGCAGGAAAUGGUUGAGAAGAAGGAGAUUGCAAAGAAGAGGGUUUUAGAAGAGAAAAAGGAAAUGACGAAAAAAGUGAGUUUGAGGGAUUUAAAAAUACCUGUUGAGUUUGAUGAAGAAGAAAAUAUCGAAGAAACUGUGCCGCAAAUCAACGAGAAGGAAAAAGAAGAAAU